AUGGCCAACGAACAUUGGGAAGAGAUUAAUGAAUGGGAUAUUGAAGAAGAUAUGGAACUAGCUCAACGUAUUACCGUCCAUACUGUUCAUCAUUCUUCUAUGAGCGAUGAUGAGAAUGAAGAUUCCGAAUAUCAGCUUGUACAAGCUCAUAAACAUCCAACCUAUGCUGCGGCUACAAAGUGGGGUGGAAGAAACAAGAAACAAAAUUUAAUAAAUGUUACUGAUGACAUCACUAAUGACGCUAAUAAAGUGGAGGAAACUGAUAAAAAGAAAGGCGUAGUAUUGGGUGCUCCAACAGCUACUCCUGCUACUCCGGAGGUUCAAACCCCGGCCCCAAAUACCGCAGCAUCUGCGGAAACCUCGAAUACGGAAAAUAAUAUACUGAAAGGUGACUAUGAUAAAGAUUACGAGGACAUUAAAUCCUCUUCGGAUGAUCCAUUGCAGGUGCUGGAAUCUUCGGAUCGCGAACCUUCUAAAUCCUCUACACGUCGUCAUAAUACAAAAGUUCAUAAACUACAAUCUAAACGUUUGCUAAAUCAACUAGUUAAUUCAACUGAAUUAGAAUUAAACGAGGGUGCGGUUCGUGGCGAUACCAAUAGAGACCCAGAAUUUACCAAAUAUAAACUGUUAAAGAAGACUAUGAGGGCGAAGAAUAAUGGUUCCAGUAAAUCUAAAGCUGAGAGAAAAAAUGGAAUGGAAAAACUGCGUGUUGAAAUUAUAUAUUGA